UAUAAACAUCAUUUUGUCGUUCGCAACGUGCGUCUUGCAUUUCAGUUUUUUAUUUAAUCUUCGUAACGAACAUGCAAAAUUAAUGAGUACCUCUUAAUACAUGAAUAAUAAUUUAAAUAAUGGAACGUAGCUGUAACGACAACAAGCGGCCAAGGCUGCCAGCAUAAGUAACAACAGAGACAACUGCAACUUAUUUAUUUGCCGCUGUCAUUUCCACCUUUUAUUGCUUCCUGGAUGCGGUACAUACCAACAGAGUUUCCACACAAAAACAAAACAACUUCUUAAUAUGCAAACAUGAUUAACAUUAAAUUGAUAUAAUAAAACAUUAACAAAGUAAUUGGAAUUAAUACUAUAUAGUCUAAAAUUAUGAAUAAAUUGGACUACUCGCGUCGUAAUGGUACGCAAAAAGUUCGAAUAACAAUAUUGUGUGCGAGAAACUUGGCCCGAAAGGACUUAUUUCGUUUACCAGACCCAUUUGCCAAAGUUCAUGUAGAUGGAACUGGACAAGUAUACUCCACCGACAUUAGCAAAUCUUCACUUGAUCCUAAAUGGAAUGCGCACUAUGAUCUGUUUUUAGGACGCGGGGAUGCCAUUACCAUAACAGUGUGGAAUCAGCGUAAGAUUCACAAGGGUAGCGGUUUUUUAGGUUGUGUGCGUAUACCGGCAGGCACGAUCCAAAGCCUUAAAGGUGCAGGCUUUCAACGAUUGGAUCUAGGGAAACUGUCGCCGGAUGACGAUGAACUCGUCCGUGGGCAGAUCAUCAUUUCGUUACUGCCGAAGGAUGGGCCAUGCAGUGGCAAUCCACUUGCUAUUGUAGGACCCAGUGGCGAUGUGCGUGGUCCUUCGGACGACGAUUCGGCUGAGGGCAGCAUCCUGCCAGCUGGCUGGGAAGAGCGACGUACUGAUAACGGGCGCAUAUACUAUGUGAAUCAUGUGACAAAAUCAACCCAAUGGGAUCGGCCUACAGCAUUGAUGUCAACAACGAUACCAGCACCAACAUCCCCGCACCAGCGCCAGCAAAAUGGCAACGUGGAUAAACAGACGCCACCGGGUCCUACACGGUCAACAACGUGUACAAAUCUUCUGAAUGGCCAUGGAAGUCGCUUGGUACGGGAAGCUGACGAGCGACGGCACUCAACGGAAAUACUUUCUAGUAUGGAUGUAAGUGUUGGAAAUGGAAAGGAGAACACAAGUCCCGCACCUUCAGGAAGUAUAAACAGCACAAAAAAAGCGACACCGACCAGUCGUAUCAGUACUUCUGCGUUGGAACAAUGUACCAUUAACGAAUCAGUAACGCCCAUUGCAGCAGAAGUAGCUACGCCUCACCCCUUAAUUCACAAUGAAAAUCAUGCGAAAACGUCAAAGUGUCAGUCCCCGCAACAAGCACCCCUCUCGACGCCUAUGAAUGACCAUGCUGGUAAUGAGACGACGACAACGGGCUCUACGACAGUAGUCCCACAGCGUAGUGCACAACACCAGCAGAACUAUGUAAAUGGUAAUAUUGGUAACAGUCAAACGGCGCAACCGCAGAGCGCAAACAAUGGCUGGGAUGAGCCACCCUCAAGGCACAGUUCGACAUCAGGAACAGUAGCGACAACAAUAAGCAACACUGAAACAGCGACUAUACCAACUUCAACUACGACUACACCAGCAGCAUCGAACGGCAAUGUUUAUAGUACGAUUGGGAAUAGCAACCAAUCGACAACGACGGACCCUGCGAGCAGAACCCAAACGACGACUGCUCCGUCUGUACAGCGAUCACAACGACGUUCCUCCCGUGCACACGCUAUAAAUAUCAAUGGUGGCAGCGGCAGCGGGGCAGGAACUGGUAACGUUGAAGAUUUAUCGACGCGCCGGCGGUCCUCUCGUGGCACACGUGUAGCUGGAGGUGGCAGCCACUUAACGACUUCUUGUCAACGUUACACCUCGGCUGCACUUUCAGCGGCCAACCAAGCAGCUCGACCCUUCCUAGAUUUGCCGCCGGGCUAUGAAAUGCGGACGACCCAGCAGGGCCAGGUGUAUUUCUAUCAUAUACCUUCCGGAGUAUCUACGUGGCAUGAUCCCCGCAUUCCGCGCGAUUUUAAUACGCAGCACCUUACUUUGGAUUCUAUUGGGCCACUUCCCAGCGGCUGGGAGCAGCGCAAAACUACAUCGGGCCGAGUCUAUUUUGUGGAUCAUAAUAAUCGCACGACGCAGUUCACGGAUCCUCGCCUCAGCGGCAGCAUUAUACAGAUGAUUAGACGUGGUACGACUCAGGGGACAAGUUCUACCGGAACUGCUACGCAGCCAACAGUAGCAGCAUCUAUGGCCAAUACGCCAAAUCGUAUUACCAGCAACAGUACCCCAGCACAAAAUGUAUCUACACAACAACAGCACAUUGUUGUGCCCGAUUUACCACAGGGACUGCUCGAGGGUGCCGAUCUACUCCCUAAAUAUCGACGAGAUCUCGUGGGUAAACUACGAGCCCUGCGUACCGAGCUGCAAACCAUGCAGCCGCAGUCGGGCCAUUGCCGCCUGGAGGUAUCCCGCAGCGAGAUUUUUGAAGAGAGCUACAGACUGAUUAUGAAGAUGCGACCAAAGGACAUGCGCAAGCGCCUAAUGGUGAAAUUUAAGGGAGAGGAGGGCCUCGACUAUGGAGGAGUAGCACGCGAAUGGCUGCAUUUACUGUCGCGUGAGAUGCUUAACCCGCAAUACGGCCUUUUUCAGUACAGUCGGGAUGAUCACUACACGUUGCAAAUCAAUCCUGACUCGGGUGUUAAUCCGGAUCAUUUGUCGUAUUUCCAUUUCGUAGGCCGCACGCUGGGCAUUGCCGUAUUCCAUGGUCAUUGUCUAGAUGGCGGUUUUACAACGCCUUUUUAUAAACAGUUGUUAAACAAGCCAAUAACAUUGGGGGACAUCGAGGGUGUGGAUCCAGAACUGCAUCGAAGCCUUACUUGGAUGCUUGAAAGUAACAUUGGCGGAAUUAUCGAGUCCACCUUCAGUGUAGAGAACAACAGCUUUGGCGCACUGGUAGUCCACGAACUAAAACCGGGCGGUGCGUCUAUAAACGUCACUGAAGAGAACAAGCGCGAGUACGUAAAGCUUUAUGUAAAUUAUCGUUUUAUGCGUGGUAUUGAACAACAAUUUCUGGCCCUUCAGAAAGGUUUUUGCGAAUUGAUUCCUAGCCAUUUGCUACGGCCGUUUGAUGAACGUGAGCUGGAACUGGUAAUUGGCGGGAUAUCAAGUAUCGAUGUAAACGAUUGGCGGAACAACACGAGACUGAAGCACUGCACACCUGAAACUGUUCAGGUGCUUUGGUUCUGGCAAGUGGUCGAGUCUUACACCUCUGAAAUGCGUGCACGACUGUUGCAAUUCGUCACCGGUUCGUCACGUGUUCCACUACAAGGCUUUCGUGCGCUGCAAGGCUCAACAGGUGCAGUGGGUCCGCGACUGUUUACCAUACACCUUACGGCGGAUGUGCCUACACAGAAUUUGCCCAAGGCGCACACGUGCUUUAAUCGUAUUGAUUUGCCGCCCUAUGAAAGUUAUCAGCAACUCUGUGACAAGCUGACACAAGCUGUAGAGGAAACAUGUGGUUUUGCUGUAGAAUAAAUAUGUCAUGUGACAAUGUAAAAUCAAAUGUUAACACAGAAAAAUACCGGUAUUAUUUUAUUUGCUCACAAAAAAUUCAUAAUGCUGGUUUAUUCUGCAAUUUUUGCAGUUAAUUUUUAAAUAUUAAUAAAGACUUACAUAGUACAAAACAUAAUAAAAAAAAAAGAAAAAAAAAUUAUAACUCCAUUAUGUAUGUCUUUGCAAUAAUGAUUUGAGAUAUUUAUACAUAUAUAUAAUGCCGCAUAUCUAAAACAAAUACUGUGAAUGAAGUCUAAUUUGAAUGGUUAAAUGAAGAAAUGCAUUAACUUGCAGUCGGUAAUUAGGCUUAAGCGAAAAAAAUAGGCAAAUAGGCAGGUCUGUAAGGAUUGCACGU